GCGCAGCCUUCAUAAAGGACGUCUCUCCAGACACUACAUUUCUUUGUGCUUUAUUUCACAGAGGGAGCACAGGAGCUGCACCAAGGGCAGUGCGAAGUAGCGGCAGAAACGUCACAGCCAGUUGUUUUUGUACAGGAGAAGGAAACAGGAGAGCAUGAGAAAACUUUAAAGGCACAUAAGGAAGGCAAGCCUCAGAAACUGCUGGAUAUGAACGGGCAUACACUGGUGCCGCAUUCCUACGACUAUGAUCUCAUUGUCAUUGGUGGGGGCUCAGGUGGUCUGGCAGCUGCCAAGGAGGCUGCCAAAUAUGACAAGAAAGUGAUGGUGCUGGACUUUGUCACGCCUACACCUCUGGGAAACUCAUGGGGUCUUGGAGGAACAUGUGUAAAUGUGGGCUGUAUACCUAAAAAACUGAUGCACCAGGCAGCUCUCCUGGGACAAGCCUUGCAAGAUUCACGCAAAUUUGGAUGGCAGUUUACAGAAGAAGUCAAACACAGCUGGAUGACUAUGACAGAAUCUGUUCAGAAUUACAUUGGUUCGCUGAACUGGGGCUAUCGGGUUGCACUGAGGGAGAAGAAAGUCACCUAUGAGAAUGCAUAUGGAGAAUUUGUUGGGCCACACACAGUUAAGGCAACAAAUAAAAGAGGAGCUGAGAAGCUGUACACGGCUGAGAGGUUUCUCAUUGCCACUGGUGAACGACCACGCUACCUGGGUAUACCUGGAGACAAGGAAUACUGCAUUAGCAGUGAUGAUCUUUUCUCUCUGCCUUACUGUCCAGGGAAAACCCUGGUGGUUGGAGCUUCCUAUGUUGCUUUGGAAUGUGCAGGAUUUCUUGCAGGUCUUGGAUUAGAUGUCACUGUAAUGGUGAGAUCCAUCCUCUUAAGAGGAUUUGACCAGGAUAUGGCAAACAAAAUUGGCAAUUAUAUGGAAGAACAUGGAAUCAACUUUAUUAGGGAGUUUGUGCCAAUCAAGGUUGAGCAGAUUGAGGAAGGAACUCCUGGAAGAUUGAAAGUUACAGCCAAGUCCACAAAGGAGAACCAAAUAAUUGAAGGGGAAUACAAUACAGUGUUGCUAGCAAUCGGGAGAGAUGCAUGCACAAGAAACAUUGGUUUAGACAAAGUUGGUGUGAAGAUCAAUGAAAAAACAGGAAAAAUUCCUGUCAACGAUGAGGAGCAAACAAACGUUCCAUAUAUCUAUGCUAUUGGAGAUAUACUGCAGGACAAGCCGGAACUCACUCCAGUGGCAAUCCAGGCAGCAAGAUUGUUAGUUCAAAGGCUUUAUGCUGGGGCAACCAGUAAGUGUGAUUAUGUGAAUGUUCCAACCACUGUAUUCACUCCUUUGGAGUAUGGAGCCUGUGGGUAUUCUGAAGAGUCUGCAGUGGAGAAGUUUGGGGAGGAAAACAUUGAGGUGUACCAUAGUCAUUUCUGGCCGCUGGAAUGGACUGUGCCAUCCAGAGACAACAACAAAUGCUAUGCGAAGAUAAUUUGCAAUAUUCAAGAUAAUGAGAGAGUCAUUGGUUUCCAUGUCCUUGGUCCAAAUGCUGGAGAAGUCACCCAAGGGUUUGCAGCUGCUAUGAAGUGUGGGAUGACAAAAGAACAGCUGGACAGCACCAUAGGAAUUCAUCCCGUCUGUGCAGAGGUAUUCACCACUCUGUCCGUGACUAAGCGUUCUGGUGAAAGUACCCUUCAGGCUGGAUGCUGAGGUUAAAGACCCCCAUUCUUGUUAUUGCCAGAGACUGACUUUCAUUGCAGUGGCCGACUUGUGCAAUUCAGAAGAAAAGUUUGAGGAGAAGUCAUCCUCAGAUGUCUGCAGAAAUGUGUAGAUCUUAACCAGGGCAUUCCAUCAUCCUAAGGAGAAGAGGACUAUGGGAGGUGGUCACUUGCGGUGAUUGGCUGGCAAUUAGCAAUGCAAUGGGAAUAUUGACUAUCGAGCCGAUGCUUAGCAGGGCAUUUAAUGAAUGCUUUCAUGAAAUCAUAGCCUGAAGCCUGCACUGGUGGGCAGUGAUGGAAGAACUG